AUGCAACCGCUGUGGUGUAACUGGUAUUCCGGCCCCAUCCGCGCCGUCGUCUUUGCUGUGGACGUGUCCGACCCGGGGUCGUUGGCUUCUGCGGGGGUGGAGCUGCACCGGCUGUUGCAGCAACCCGAGCUAGGCGCCAAGCCCGUCUGUCUGGUCCUCACAAAGCUAGACCUGCCUUUCACCCUGCCCCGCACAGAGCUGGAUCUGGCACUGGGGCUGGCUGACCUGGAGCGGCUGUACCCGGAUCGGCUGCAGAUCAUGUCCGUCAGCAGUGUGCUCUCCCCCUUGGAGUGCCCCCGGCUGGAGGCGCUGGUGGACUGGAUGGUGGUCGCCAAGGCGGGUGACCCGGCUGUGCUGCUGGCCAAGAGAACUUGA